AUUGAGGCACCCGACUUGGGGAUAGUGUAGAGGAUGUUAGAAAUUUAUUCAUAAUACUUCCAUCCUAAGCAGUAUUUCAAACUUCAGCCAGUGGUGGAAUUUUGAUGAGUUAAUCGACGGUUAGAGCAAGCUUAACCAAGCAUUGCUUGAAGACAAGAUUACGUGCCCGUUCAUACCAGAUGCCAUUAUCCAAUCGUCUCCAACUGCAGAAGAAGGGCAGAUUAAUCCAGUGACAGUUAUGUCGGUUGUUCGAGAUGUUGCCAUUAACCAAACCGGAUGUGCGAUUAUCGCCGAUGCCGGAAAUAGUCUUUGCUGGACAGCCCAUCACCUGAAAUUCCCCAAACCCGGGCUUUACCGAUCAAAUUUGGAUUCCUCUCCCAUGGCCCAUGCUGUCUGCGGUGUUGUUGGCAUGGGUCUCGCGGAUAAACCCGCAAUCCCCAUUGUUGGCGAUGGGGCAAUGUUGAUGCAGUCAGAGGUGAGCAACGCUGUUCAGUACCGAUCGAAAGCGAUCUGGCUAGUUAUGAAUGAUAGCAGGUAUGGGAUAUGUGGCCAAGUGCCACGGAUGUGGGGAAAUAUUCCGCCCCCAUGUUGUAUCCCUUAUACAGACUUUGCGUUGCUGGCGCGAGCAGUUGGAUGCGAUGGAUAUACAGCCACAACAGGGGAGGAACUGCGAGAAGCACUUGAGGAAGCUAUGGUGAGAAAUGGACCUACUGUCAUAAAUGUUACCAUCGAUCCUUCGGCUGUGGCGCCACGAAAUAGAACUACAGAAAGAGAUACUUGAACGGAUAGAGACCUGGAUGGAGAGGUAUCUGAUCGAGUCCAACCUACUUCGGUAUACAGCUAGUAAGAACUGGUUAGAAGAGUUGUUGGGGACCAGUGGCAAGGGAACGAUGGAAUGGUCACCUGUUGACAAUAAUGAAGCGAUCAAUCAAUCAACAACCGAGAUUGAUAUUACGACCGGUAUGGAUAUAGAUUUACCGGAGCCAGAAACCUAUCAUACC